AUGUUACAGUGCUCUUUAAAGAAUGGCGGGUCAUUUGCGUCGCAUAUAAUUAAAAAAUUACAAAUGCAAGCCCAGACCAGUCAAAAAAUCCAUCACAAGCGUCACAUAUCGCAUGCAACAUCUUCAUUUUUAAAAGAAUACCAACUGUCCCAACUAUCUACUCUAUACAGCCCCAAAGCUACCGAAGAAAAUACCUUUUCAAACUCCACGACAAGCGGCAACUCUUCUCCUCACCCUCGGCUUGAGUGUGAAGAAACCCUCAAUUUUCCCAUCCAAACCUUCCCUCAUACAGAAAACUCAUUCACAUCUGACAUCUACGGAAAUCAAUCCUUGGAUUAUCAGCAAGUCCUUAUAGAAAAUCCCAAUUUAGUUCCAUAUACACUAUGAAAACCACAGAGUAUUGGCUAUAUGUAUGAUAUGUUAGAAAAAGAAACAAUUUAUUUGCCAAAUGCUGGGUGUUUUGAAUCAUUGCAAGCCUAUGUGACCCCUGUCAUGAGAGCAGUUUUAUUUGACUGAAUGAUGGAGGUUUCUCAUGAGUUUAUGCUGAAAAGGGAAACUUUUUAUAUGGCGCUGUCAUAUGUGGAUAGGAUUUUGUCGAAGUUGAAAAAUAUAAAGAAGGAGGAGUUUCAGCUGCUUGGGGUGGCGUGUUUAAAUAUUGCAGCAAAGAUUGAAGAGAUUUAUCCACCGAAAUUAAGCGAUUGGGUUAGCUCUUGCAACAGCGGGUAUUCAAGCAAAGCUAUAAAAAUGACAGAGAAGUUUGUACUUCAACAAUUAACUUGGCUGACUUAUCCAGCUACAAGCUAUAAUUGGCUUAAUUGGCUUAUGUCCCAAUGGGACGAUUUUAUUGAGUAUCAUUUUUCCUGUGUUCCUUAUAACUCUUUGAAAGACUUCGAUCACUUGCCAACCCAAGAAAAAAAGAUACAAAAAAAGCUGUAUGAGAAAAGAUUUAUUAUUUUCAAACAAAAAAAUAGACAAGCCUAUAAGCGCUUUAGAGAAACUUUCCAAAUUCUGGAUACUGCUUCAUUAGACUCCGAAAUAAUGAAAUUAUCCCCAAGAAUUCAAGCAAGUGGCUUGCUUUAUUUAAUGAUAAGCAAAUUUUUUUUCGAAACAAAUUACAAUUUGCUUUAUUACGAUGGGCCAGUUUCCCAAGAUACUCCUUCAUAUGAAGAUAGUUCUCAGUGGCUAGCAGAAGGGUCUUUUGAUAUUGAAGAAUUUUCAAGUGAUUCCCAUAUUGAAAGUGCUUCUAUCGUCCAAGACCUUUACGCUGGAUUUAUUUCUUCAGCGUUAGAUAUGCAUAGUGUUGAAGAGAUCUAUCAUUCAAUGACAUUUUUCCAUCCUUAUCUUGAAAUUGAAGCUCUUUACGAGUUUCCAAUUGUAGUGAAGGCUAAAGGGAAAAGGAAAAUUGAGAGUCAUUAUGAAGAGUUUUUGGGCUACCAGACACACUAUCCCGAAGCAAUAAAAUUUGUGACAAAAAAGCUUAGGGGAGAGUAA